AGUUCAAAUGAUAUGUUACAUGUUAUUUAUGAUUAAAUGCUCACUGUAAACUUCUAAAUUUGAAUCAUGUGAACAGAAAAAUACCACAAAUAGUUAUAGCAAUCUUAUACACAAGCCACAGACUUAAAGUGUAAUUUAGUCAAUAACAAUCAAGAAAUUGUAGUUCUUAGAAAGUGUUAUUAAUUUGACCAAUGGCCAGACUUUGGACAUGCCUGGUCUAGGGUCUUAGGAUUUAGAAUAAAAAUAGGUAUCUUAAUGCAAAAUUGAAGAAUUAUUAAUAAAUAUGUUAGUUAAAAUACUUUUAAGAUUUGAAAAAAAAAGUAAAAAUAUGAAGAACUUCCUAAUGUACUUUAUUUACGAAUGUGUCUUUUUAAAACUACUGGAUGAGACUCUUGUGAAUUUAAAUAAAAAAUAAUACUAGUAUACCAAAAAGCUGGUAAAAAAAUAUAUAUAUAUGUUUUAAUGUUGGUUUAGUGAUUUCUGAUAGAAAUUUUAAUCUUCAGAUUGUAGUUUUAUUGUGGAAAAAGCGCACCGGAAGUUGUUCCGUGCUGCUCCUGUUCCGGUUGACCGUUUGUGGUGAGAGCCGGAGGGCGGUAGUCUGUCAGGCAGUGAAAGAGAAGGCGGAGACCAACCCAGAGACGAAAACUCAGCCUCUUCUGGAUCACGUUCAACUCCGCUGAACGACCCCACAAAACGAUCCAAAAAAGUAAGACUGGAAGAGGAAGGAAGACAAGAAAAAAAGUGCAAAAUAAGAGAAAAAAAAGCCCGCAACCAACUUCUUUUAAGUCGCCAAGAAUUGUCUUCCGGUGUUAUUUUUUUUUUGCCUGUUUUUCUUCGCAAGAGAAACCCCUCCAAAAGCACAAGGUUUGAGCGUGAGAAAUGUGAAGCUACCGGUGUUUGAAGCCAGGAGACUCCUUGUUAAUCCAUGCAGUACAGUGCAAUGGUACGUGGGUCAUUCCUAUUGUUUUUUUUGCUUCCGAAUGCUGUGAUAAACGCUGCUUGUGGGGGGAAGCGGUCAGACUUGAGACUGUCCUGUCCUCGCGGGGAGGCGCGCGCGCGCGGAGGGAGGAGAAAAAGCAGGCGAACUUGACUUGGCGGCAGGUUGACUGUUUUGUUUCACUUUUUAAAAACUGUUGACAGUGCACCUGCGUAUGGCUAAUCCUUUUUUUAAAAGACUAAUUUAAAGUAAAAAAAAAAAAAAAUACAAAAAAGUUCCAUUAAAAUGAGUAAAGUUUACUUAAAAUAAAUGCUAUUUUCACCUGUUAGCUAGCUAAAAUUUUUUAGCUAAUUCGAUAAAAGUUUAUGAAUAAAAGCUCUAUUUUAUAUAAUUUUUUAACCUUAUAAACUAACUAAACGUGUGACAUUUUAGUUAAAUUCUUAACUGUGUGUUUAAUUAUUUAAAGUAAAAAAUAAAAAAAAAGCUAGCUCGUAGAUACCCCCCUCUUUCCCGCUUUUUAGUGACCGAUGGUUUGGUCCAAAGUCCCCUAAACUCAUAAAAAAUAAUCCCGCAGAAGAAGUGAGGGGAGUAAAUGAAUUGUAUGUGGCGUGAAGGAGGAAGGGAGUGGAUAUGACUGGUGUGUUUGGAGGAGGAGAAGGAGGAGGAGUGUGACUGUGUAAUUACGUGGGUGAAAAAAAAAAAAAAAAAAAAACAGGAGAGGAAAAAAGUUGAUUUGCUGCUGUCGCGCAGGAGCGAAGGUGCAGCGGUCGAUUUCAUAUGAAGUUUGGCUAAAGCAGGGGGUUGAUCAUCACACGCUCCUGUGAAGCUCUCCCCGUAAUGCUUUUAUGAGAUAACCGCCGCGGCGCGACGCUCAAAGAGCCCCGAGCGGAUAGCAGGAGGACGCAGCGGCGACCUGCUCGCCUUAUAUAUAUAUAUUUAUAUAUUUGCAUUUUUCCCCCUGCAAUCUAAAUUGCUGAAGAUUUCAACUUUGUGUUCCCCCGGAUCUGAAGAAAUCCAUGGAUGUUGUUGGAUAAUUCCCGCUCGUUUUCGGUUGAUUUUUUUUUUUUUACGCGGAUCUCCUCCACACCGCGGUGCGCAUCGGUCCAGGAAUGGCGCGAUGAAGUGAGCGCAGGAAUUAAGCCCAAGUUUCAGUGACUUUCUGUGCGCCCGCCCGUCUCACCAUGUACUCCCCGAUCUGUCUAACUCAGGAUGAAUUUCAUCCCUUUAUCGAGGCACUUCUUCCUCACGUCCGUGCCAUCGCCUACACCUGGUUCAACCUCCAGGCCAGAAAACGCAAGUACUUCAAGAAGCACGAGAAGCGAAUGUCCAAGGAUGAGGAGCGCGCGGUGAAGGACGAGCUUCUCAGUGAGAAGCCCGAGGUGAAACAGAAAUGGGCGUCCAGGCUGCUGGCCAAGCUGCGAAAGGACAUCCGGCAGGAGUACCGGGAGGACUUCGUCCUCAGCGUGACGGGCAAGAAGCCCCCGUGCUGCGUGUUGUCCAACCCGGACCAGAAGGGCAAGAUCCGCCGGAUCGACUGUUUGCGGCAGGCCGACAAAGUCUGGCGCCUGGACCUGGUGAUGGUCAUCCUCUUCAAAGGCAUCCCCCUGGAAAGUACGGACGGCGAGCGCCUUGUCAAGUCUCCACAUUGCACCAACCCAGCACUUUGUGUCCAGCCUCACCACAUAACAGUAUCGGUCAAGGAGCUGGACUUGUUUCUAGCAUACUAUGUCCAGGAUCAAGACUCGCAGCAGUCAGGAAGUCCAAGUAACAAUGAGCCAGGCAAAAACCCUCUUCCAGUUUACUUGGAAGACAGUUUCAUCAAAUCAGGAGUCUUCAGUGUUGCCGAGUUGGUGCGAGUGUCCAGAAUGCCCAUCACCCACGGCGCAGCGGUACCUUUCUCUAUGGCGGACAUGCCCGGCCAACACUACUAUCAUGACCUGAACCCCAGUGUGGGACUGCACCGCUCCCUGUCCUCCCCUCCUGGCAGUAAAAGGCCCAAAACAGUCAACAUGGAGGAGAACAUGGACACCAGCCCGACUGGACCGGACUUCUACUCGUCACCAAGCUCACCAGCCAGCAGCCGGGCGAACUGGCACGACAGAGACGGAGACAUGUCCUCUCCCACCAUGAAGAAGCCCGAGAAGCCGCUGUUCAGCCCCACCUCCCCGCAGGACUCCUCGCCACGACUCAGCACUUUCACUCAGCCUCAUCACCUAUCAAGUGUGGGACACAGUGUUAUAUCAACGAGGAGCCCCCCACCACACUCGCCCCUGCAGUUUUCCACCUCCACUAUCCUGCCCCCGGCGCCUUCGCCCUAUUUCUCGCACCCCACCAUCCGGUACCCACCGCACCUCAACCCUGCCGACCCCCUCAAGAGCUACGUGCAGCCGUACGACCCGUCCAGCCCGCAGAGCAGCCAGUCGAACAGCAGUGGCCAGGGGGUCGGAAAGGUCCCGGGUCACUUCACCCCCGUCUUGGCUCCUUCUCCCCACCCUGGCGCUGUGCGACCCGUCUCCCUUUCCAUGCCCGACACCAAGCCCAUCACGACAUCAACAGAAGGCUACUCCACCCCCGGAACCCCCACGGCUAACCGUUUUGUAGGCCUGAGCCCUAGAGAUCCCGCGUUCCUCCACCAGCAGCAGUCCUGGUACCUGGGCGAGCUUAGUUCCAUUCCAAAUGUCGAACGGGACUCAGAUUCUGCCAGCAAAUGUCCACCAGAACUACAGCAUAAACAUCAUUGGUGAGCCCCUGGUCCCCGCUGAGACGGGGAACUGAGCGGGCUCGACCCACCCUCCCCCUCCUUUUCGGGGUAGGUGCAGGCGGGAGCGUUUUCGGCGGCGCAGCAACGAGCACUACAGGUGUGGACGAAACCAGCGAAGCAGCCGGCGCCGCAUGGCAUCCCCUCCCUUCUGCUCACCUUAACUCUACCACCCCCCUCCGCUCCUGCACCUCCUCCUGAUGACGGACGCCGGUCCUGAAGUGAAGACGAGGGACAGCUCAGAGAGGAGGACGCUUCAGGUCUGCCGUAUCCCGGCGCACACCCACCACCACCCCACCAGUCAGCUGUCGUGUUUGCAGAACUGUCGGAUCCAUUCAGAUACUGUGAUGUAUAGAUGCCUUAAUGUUUGAUUGCAUGACACUCUAGACUCUUAGCAGUGAUUCCUACUAUUUUUCCACAAUGGAGGCAGAUUUAAGGUUUAAAAAAAAAUAAAUAAAAAAAUAACACAUAAUCCCGGGUGGGGGAGGGGCAGAGGGGGCGGGUCCUGCAUUUUGACACCUGCCCAGGUGAGACUCACUGUGUACAACCAUAGGAACAAAAAAAAUUGUGAAUUCAGAGUGUUUUUUCUUCCGUUUGAUUUCAGUUUACUGUGACUCGAUAAAAAAAAAAAGUUUUUGUUUAUUGCUACUUAUUUCAAGAAUUAAUGUAAACACUUAUGGCAAGAGUUGAAAACUCUUCACGCAGUUUUGAAAAAACACUAAAUGCUUGAGAUUGGACCCCUCCUGAAAAGAACUCCUUUUCAAAAGGAUCGUUUUAUUUUGAAAAAAGAAGACGUAAAAUAGCGACAGAGGCAAGUGCAAUUGAAACUAUUUUUUUGUUUUGUUUUGUUUUUGUUUCGAAGGGAAGCUAUCAGUCUCUCAGCCCUAAGACUCUAAAGGAAGAGGGAAGAAAAAUACGUUCAUUCGGUCACAUAUCCGUCUCUUCGCAUGAGGAAAAACAAAAAAACAUUGUGAAAGGCAAAGCAUUAAGCUACCUGUGCAGAGCAAAACCAGCACUUACUUUGAGCCCUUCCCAUUAUAGCGGGGAGAUUCUUUUUUUAAUUUAUUUUUGGGGUCAAAAAUAAAAAAAAAACACCUGAAAUGAAUCAUGAAAUGAAACACACGCAGUGUGUGACAGACAUUUUAUUUUUUGAAAUGUUAAGCGCAUUUGGCCAUCAGCUUGUAAAGCUUGUGUUUACAGAAAAAAGCAAAAAAAAAACUAAAAAAAGAAAGAAAGAAAGAAAUCAUGGAGUGUUAAUGAAUGAAAAUUUAUGAAUAUUGUAAAUGUACUGUAGACUUAACGAGUAACGCUUGUGUAAGGUUUACUCUGAAAAUUCAAAUCCAGGUGGUGGCAAAUCCCUGAAAUCUCAAAAGGGGGCGGGGCCUCUACCAAGCCACCGCCCCCUUCAAUCCAGAAAAAAAAACUCUCCAGUUCUCUUAAUUUGCACGAUGAAAUAAAGUCCACAUGACGUGCCUUGCCUUUGAAUAUAGAGACAUCACUACACUUGUUUUUGCUGCAUUUAUCAUUAUA